GCAAUGAAAUCGCACAAAGGAGGAGACAUGAGACAUCCAAAUAAAACGCUGCGUUUUGAUUGUUGAUGACCGAUGAGGCGAUGGGUCAACCAGAGAAAGGACGGGGAGGACUCGGCCUGCAAUAACCAGUGAUGGAAGCCCGGCGGACGAGAAAUACACGGGGUCGCAAUAACAGCCUGCUACCUCUCCGCCGCUCAUCGUCGACUCCGCGUCGUCUCUCCAACACCAUCUCGUGUUGGUAUUGCGACUAUAAGAUAUCCGCCUUCAAUGAACCCAUGCUCCGUUUUGGACGGAGAUUUAACACAGCUUUAAGGAUAUGGUUCUCCAUUGGCGUCGGUUUCAGCUUAACUGCACUCGUCGUAGUUAUCCUUUUUCUUGUUUGGGAACUCGCCACAGCUUUGCGUCUUCUUCCUGGAAAUCCUGUAUUUGAACAUUUUUCCGGUGCUUUGUUGUUUGGCUUCUUCAAUCCUUCGGGUUAUGGCCUGAGCCUUUCACUUGCUGAUGCUGCCUAUCUUUUAUUUUCUACUAUCAUAUCCGUGUCAGUGCAUGAAUUUGGGCAUGCUGUCGCUGCUGCGAGCGAAGGCUUACAGAUGGAGUACAUAGCAAUGUUCCUCGCAGUUCUGUUUCCUGGUGCUUUGGUGGCCUUCAAUUAUGAGUUGUUGCAGUUGUUGCCGCGCUUGAAUGCUCUUCGAAUAUAUUGCGCCGGCAUUUGGCAUAACGCAGUGUUUUGUGCAGUUUGUGGAAUGGCAUUAUUCCUCCUUCCUUUCCUCUUGUUUCCAUUUUACAUAUAUGGUGAAAGCCCAAUGGUUUUGGAUGCACCUUCUACCUCACCCUUGUUUGGUUAUCUGUCUCCUGGUGAUGUCAUUGUGUCAAUCGAUGGCAAGCAUAUCCAUAAUGCCCAGGAGUGGAUGGAAAUGGCUGCUCUAAUUGAUAAACAGAGAUUUCAAAGUUUGAAUAAUUCAAAAUAUGUUAAAGAUUUUGGGAUCGUUGAUGGCAGAACGGGGUACUGUGUUCCUAAUUCAAUGAUAAAAGGAAAGCAAAGACUUCACCUUACUGACAACCCAUCUGCCUGUCCCAAUGAUCUUACCGCUUUUGUAUCCAUUCACGGGUUUGAUUUGAGUACACUAGAUGAUUUUAGUGAAGAUGGCCAUCUGAACGGAAGUCAGACUGGGCUUUGCUUGAAUGCAAGGGAUAUUGUUAAGUGCAAUAAAUGUAGUGCUGAGUGGGCAACAACAUCAAACAGCGAUGGAAGCAACUUCACGUGUCCACAGGAAGAUACUUGCUUGAGUCCUGUUCAGUUACCAGACUCGGCAUGGGUGGAGAUUACAUAUUUGAGCUCUCAAUCUCCAGGAUGCUUGAAAUACGGACAAAACCCCUAUUUAGAUUCUAAUACUCUCGACUUCAUUCGACAAGAUUGUAGUGGAAGCUUUGUCUUUAUUGGCGAUGUUGUCUCCAUGGCACACUCAAUCCAGUUAACUGCAUAUCAACCUCGCUGGGCCUUUCCUCUUGAUGCAUACAUUCCCAAUGUAGUGGAAAGGAGCUUGACGUACAUGUUUCAUGUUUCUUUAACACUUGCUCUUCUCAACAGUUUGCCAGUAUAUUUUCUGGAUGGCGAAUCCAUAUUGGAGAUCGCUCUAUGCCUCUUCACUUCAAUAGGACAAAGGAAGAGGGAAAAGGUACUCCAAGCAUGUCUUUUGGUAGGGACUUUCAUUUCUAUCCUUGCAUUCUCGAGGUUGUUCAUUGGCUUUUGUAAACAGAUAUACUCUUGAUGUCUGGUUUUUUUAAAUAUAAUUUUGUAUGGUUUAGCAGCAGCAUACACAGGAAAGGCAUAUGAUAAUUAGUUGUUUGUAAAAUCAAGAGUCUAACGUGCAUGCUUUGUAGACUAUAUAGCUAAUCAAUAGGGAAGUAUUGUUUGCCAUUUUGUAA